UGAUGGUGUUUUUGUCACUCACGAUACAACUGAUAAGAAUGAACAAUAAAGGUAAUUUUUAAAUAAAAAAACUGUAGCAUUAUGCAAUCUUGAUGGCUGUUAUAUAGAAUUUUGCAUAAACCACGAGGUCAUAACAUUUAUUUGUUCUAGAUGAACGAGGCAAGUGACAAUAUCCGAAAGAAGAAGCUGGUUGUUGGUGUUCGCCAGCAACAAAGACGAAUGAAAUUGGCUGCAGAACAAAUGCUUGAGGAAUUGUUGCUGGAUUGUCGAGACAAGAGUGAAGCUGCUACCAGUGAUCCCAACACCAUCAACGAUCCUCAACCAGUCAUAGCUAUACCUGAAUUGGUAGAUGAUCCAGUUCAACAGCACACACCAGAUAUUAAUAGUAUUGGAGAGAAUGUAAUCAAUUUAGUUGAUGGAGCAUGCCCUUAUGCUAGUGAACAUUAUUCAUCUGCCGAGAAAAUUGAAGAGGAUAACUGUUUCAGUGAUGCAGAUUCUUACCAAGCAUUCGAUGACGAUGAUGGUGAGCAGGCGUGUGAAUUAUUAAGUGACAUGCAAACUCUGCUCAGUUCCGACGAAGAACAAAUUGAUAAGGAAAAAGUUGAAGAAAAUGCAAGAAUGAAAAGUUCCCUAGCAGAAUGGGCGAUUCAAUGCAACAUACCAAGAUCUCACGUCAACAACCUUCUUCGACGACUUAAGUCUGACUGUGGGCUAAAUUUACCAAUAGAUAGCAGAACUUUGCUAAAAACUAUGAGGAGUAAGCCAAAUUUGAGAUCCGUAAUGCCAGGACAGUAUGCGCAUUUUGGUUUGGCAAAAGGACUGCUUACAUUGUUUUCGUACCACAAAAUCGACAGCGCCGUCACCAAAAUUCAAAUUAUCAUUCAUGUAGAUGGAAUACCAAUUUCAAAAAGCAGCGGGAGCCAGUUCUGGCCUAUCCUUUGUUCGAUACAUGGCUAUAAAGAAAGUAAGGUGGUCAUCAUCGGUAUAUACCAUGGGCUUAAGAAACCCGCUAACGUCAAUGAUUUUCUCUCCGACUUCGUAUGUGAAGCAAUCAAAGUGCUACAAGAAGGUCUUAAAUAUGAUGGAAGAGUACUUGAAGUUCAAAUAGCAGCUCUCGUUGGCGAUGUAUGGUUAUAAUGGUAUAUGCAAGAUGUAUGGUUACAAGUGUUGUUUCACACAAUGGAUAUUUUAGUUGUCACAAAUUUGAAACGAAAGGAGUCUGGGCCCGGACCGUACUUUCCGCGUGCGGUGGCAGGGUGGCAUAUCCUGAAGUGAACGCACCUCUAAGGAGGGAUGCAUCUGUCCGUGCGCGCAGCCAGCCAGGCCACCACAAUAUAAAAAAAGAGAAAUCAAUAAUUAAAAAAUUGCCGAUUGAUCUAGUAAAAGCAGUUCCUAUCGAUUACAUGCACAAUGUAUGCAUAGGUGUUCAAAAAAAGUUGCUACCCAUUUGGUUAUUCUGAAAAAUGGAUCGAACAAGAUUGACAAAUGCGCAAAAAAAGUCGGUUUCUGAUUUUUUAGUGUUCAUUAAAGAAUACUGUCCAGUUGAAUUCCCGAGAAAAACAAGAACUUUGGACGAUUUUCCACACUUGAAGGCUACCGAGCACAGGAAUCACUUGCUCUACUUCCUUCCUGUUGCUCUUAAAGGCGUCAUAUCCAAAAAGAUGUACGACCAUUACAUGUUAUUUCAUGUGGCCAUCAAGAUCCUGACGAACUCGAAACACUGUCAAACAUACGCCACCUAUGCUGAGAGCCUUCUCAUGAAAUUUGUUAAGGAUUGUGUUUCAAUUUAUGGAGUAAAGUUCAUCAGCUAUAACGUACACAACUUAAUCCACCUUCCAGUCGACGUACAAGAACAUGGCUCCCUUGAUAGCUACAGUGCAUUCCCAUUGGAAAAUAAACUUCAAACAAUCAAGAAUUUAAUGAGAACAAGUGCAAAUCCACUAGCCCAAGUGAUAAGGCGUCUGAAGGAAAUAGAAGUAAUUUAUACCAACGAUGACUACGCCUCACCCUCGUCAACAGAGACUUUGAGUUAUUCAUGUGAACAUUCCAAUGGGACAACUUCUAUUAAUUUUAAAGGUUACCAGUUCGGGAAAAUUCAGCCAAGAAAAGUGACAAUAUGUACAAAACGCCCUAAUAACUGCGUGUUUUUGAAUGACGGCAGUGUAGCAUUAGUAAAAAAUAUUCUUAAAGGCACAGACGGGCAAAUUUCACUGUAUGUAAAAAAAUAUUUAAAAAAUGAUGAUCUUUAUACUAGUCCUUUGCCUUCUCGUACAUUCCAAGGAUUGGUUGUAUCUGAAUUAUCGACCGAGCUUGUUAUAAUAAAUGUCGAUUAUGUAGUGUG